AUGCCAGCGCGGAAAAGAGCAGCGGCCUCGCCGCCCGAAGACGAACCUCGUAGACGACCGCGACGGACUACGAGUACGCCCAAGACGAGCGCGUAUUUCGAUGACGAGAGCGACGAGAGCGCUGAUUUCAAGGCAGACGAUUUGUCCGAGGACGAAGAAGACGAAGAAGACGAGGAGAUUGAGCAUGAGCCGCCAAAGCGCGGGCGCGGACGGCCCCCUACGAAGACCAAGGCCAAGGCCAAAUCGCCCAUCGUAAAGCGGAACGGGACAAAACUGAAAAAGGGCAAGAAGAGCAAGGAAGAGGAGGAAGAAGACGUGGACGAAUACAAGGAGAAGGAAAGUUCAGAGGAGGAAGAUGACGAGGAUGAGGACGACGACGACGAUGCGGCUCCGCGCGUGACGAUUACGAAACUGAUCGGCCUGCGGCCUCUAGACGGGGUCGAGUACGCCGACACAAAGCUGCACAAGAACACGCUCGCCUUCCUCCAGGAUCUGCGAGCGAACAACACGAGGCCCUGGCUGAAAUCCCACGACGGCGAAUACCGCCGCGCCCUCACCGACUUCAACACCUUCAUCGAGGCGCUGACGCCGCUCGUCUCCGAGGCUGACGAAACGGUCCCCGAGCUGCCGCUGCGCGACCUCACGUUCCGCAUCCACCGCGACAUGCGCUUCAGCAAGAACCCGACGCCCUACAAGCCCCAUUUUGGCGCCGCCUGGUCGCGCACCGGGCGCAAGGGCCCCUACGCCUGCUACUACCUCCACGUCGAGCCCGGCAGCGCCUUUCUCGGCGGGGGCCUGUGGUGUCCGCCCGCCGAACAGCGGAUGUAUCUCGAGGGCAAGGGCAAGGGCAAGGGAGACGAGGAGGCGGUGGAUGCGUUUUGCCAGGGCAAUCAGGAGAAUGCGCUCAAAACGAAACCAAAGGGCUGGGAGGCAGACCAUCGUGACAUUGGGCUCCUCAAGCUGAGGAGCUACACGGUGGGGGCCAAGAUUGAGGACGGGCUCUUCGCGCGGGAGGACGCGCAGGAGAGGCUGAAGGACAUGGUCGUGGCGAUGGAGCCUUUCGUGAGUACCCGUUGCACACUGCGAUUGUACAUUGUCUUUGCUGACUCGCCAGGUUACCUUUCUCAAUCGCAUAGUCAUGCCGGACCCUGGGGAUACGAGCGACGAAGAGGAUGA